GCGGAAGCAGCUCCCGCCCUGCGGUUUCUGGGUCCUGUCCAGCUGGGUCGCGGGCUAUUAGGCAACUAAACUCACCGAGAUGGCCUGGGCAUUUCCCGCUUGUGAUCUACAAAUAUUGACUAGGCCGUCCUCAUCCUGCUGUCGGAAACUGCCUAGCAGAGAAGACGAGACGGUACAACUUGAUCGGUCAGUGCCCGAAAAGAAGUCCUGAUGGGAAUACAAAAGAAUUAUUUUUCACCAUCAAAAAUAGCAAAGCAAAAUAAGCCACGAUGUCUGUUGAUCCAAUGACCUAUGAGGCCCAGUUCUUUGGCUUCACACCACAAACUUGCAUGCUUAGGAUCUACAUUGCAUUUCAAGACUACCUCUUUGAAGUGAUGCAGGCUGUCGAGCAGGUUAUUCUGAAGAAGCUGGAUGGUAUCCCAGACUGUGAGAUUAGCCCAGUCCAGAUUCGUAAAUGCACGGAGAAGUUUCUUUGCUUCAUGAAAGAACGUUUUGAUAACCUUUUUGGCAAAAUGGAGCAGCUAUUUUUGCAGUUGAUUUUGCGUAUUCCCCCAAACAUCUUGCUUCCUGAAGAUAAAUGUAAGGAGAAACAUCCUUAUAGUGAGGAAGAAUUCCAGCUUCUUCAAAAAGAAAUUGAACAGUUACAGGAGAAGUAUAAAACUGAAUUAUGUACUAAGCAGGCCCUUCUUGCAGAAUUAGAAGAGCAAAAAAUUGUUCAGACCAAACUCAAACAGACAUUGACUUUUUUUGAUGAGCUUGAGAAUGUUGGCAGAGAUCAUGGGACUAGUGAUUUUAGGGUGAGUUUGGUGUCCCUAGUUCAGAACUCCAGAAAACUACAGAACAUUAAAGACAAUGUGGAAAAGGAAGGCAAAAGACUGAAAAUAUCUUAAUUUCUAACUAGUAAAAAGAAAGAGCCUGUCAGAAAGUAGAAUGGUAAGGAAUUUACACCAGUGACUGUUCAAGCAAACUGUAUAUUUUAUUAGAUAUUCUUUUUUCAUUUUUUCUUGUAUUCCACAUCUUCCUCUUUUGGUCCACUCUCCUGAAGUAUCUAUAUACUACCUUGAACUAGUCUUUGAAGCAUCUGUUCCUUAGAGGCCUCUAAUAGGUGGGAAGGGAUUUUUGGUUCAAUAACAGCUCAUUUGGGGGCAUGAUUGAAGAAAUGAAGAUAUGACCAGUCAAAGAUAUUUGUAUAGUUGUACCUUGUUCAUGAGUCUUUUUUGACCUUGAUCCUUUUGGCUUAUUCUUUGGAUGAGACAAAAAGAGAAAAGGGUUAAUGGGUGGCUCCUUUAUUAACCAGUCAUUACACUGUGGGACAGCCAACAUACAGAGCUUGCUCUUGCCCAGUGACUUUUCUUACAUGAGGAAGUUGAUAACUUGUUGAAAGAAGUAACAAAAAAGACAACCUUAAUCUUUGGUAAAAGAGAAAGAAGUUGAUUUUGUUUCCAAAAUAAAUCUUUUCCAUGACUGAGGCCCUGGUGAUGUAAGCAAUUUACUAUCUUGGAGUCUAUCAGGAGAAGAUUUUGAACAAAAAUAAGAUCCCACUGGAAUAGAAAAGGAAGCAUAGAGCAUACCCAAUUAGUGAAAUUUAUAUUUGCUGACUGUUAAGAAUUUAUACCUGUGGGUUUUUUUUUCAUGCUUCACUUAGUUUUAGAUUCUGUAGCUAAUAUUUAAUUAUCUUAUUUAUUAACAUUCAUAAGCAUCAAAUAUUUGGUACCCUAGUGGGAAUUUUUAGCUGUAUCUUGUGCUUAAAUUCAGUGGAGUCUAAUAUUUCUUUUGUAAUUGGUCCAUGUGAGAUGUUAGAUUAUCUAAGGAAAGGGGAGAAAUAGCAAUGAUAGCUCUUAAGGUAUUAAAUGCCCUCCGUGUCUUCCUAAAGAACAGGAUUUGGAGUUUCUCUUUUAUGUAGAGAAGGAGUAACUUAGGGUAUUAAUAUUUGUAAUGAAAUAUUCAUAGAUUUAGGAAGCCCUUGUUCACCUGAAAUAUAUUCAUUUUCAAGAAGUCCUUUUCCAGUCCUGUACAUUAAAUAUAUAUGUUUUAAAA